UUUGUCGUCGGAAGAACGCUUGCGCGCUUAGCUCUCCGAUUGUGCUGAUGCAAGACAGUGGAUGAGAGUAGUUAGAGAGUAGUGUGAAGUAUAUUUACCAGGACGUAAAGCAUUGAUAUUUAAUUCAAUCAUGUCAGAAGACGAGAUUUUAUUCGACCCCACUACAUCAAAGAAGAAAAAGAAGAAGAAGAAGCCCUUCAUGCUCGACGAAGAUGGAGAUGGGCUUGGAGAGGAAGCCCAACAGGUUGAACUGAGAGAAGUUGAGCCUGAAGCAGGAGAGGAGCGAGAAAUGGACCCUGAAGAUGAUGACAUCAAGAAAAAGGAGACUUCGGAUGAUUUAGAUGAUCUGAACUUCUUUAAUCAGAAAAAGAAGAAAAAGAAACCAAAGAAGGUGUUUGAAAAUGACAUUGAAGAAGGCAUAAAGGAGCUGAGAAUUGAAGGAGACCAGCAGGAAUUAAUGGAGGAAGAUGAUUUGGACUUGAUGCUUCCAGCUAAAAAAAAGAAACCAAAAAAAGUGGAAUUUGUUGAGGAGAGAGACACUGUGGAACAAGACGAUGUCAUCGAGGAUGAUAAAAGCACAGAAGGCAUCACAUUCAGCUCACAAUCAGGCCCAGCAUGGGCAGAUUCAGAGAGAGAUUACACUUAUGAUGAGUUGUUGAGCCGGGUGUUUAACAUCAUGAGGGAGAAAAAUCCUGAUAUGGUUGCAGGAGAGAAGAGGAAGUUUGUGAUGAAGCCGCCUCAGGUGGUCCGAGUUGGGACAAAGAAAACAUCUUUUGUAAACUUCACUGACAUCUGCAAACUGUUGCAUCGACAGCCCAAACAUCUUUUGGCAUUCUUGUUGGCUGAGUUAGGAACAAGUGGCUCCAUAGAUGGAAAUAACCAGCUUGUAAUCAAAGGACGCUUUCAACAGAAACAAAUAGAGAAUGUCUUGAGAAGAUAUAUAAAGGAAUAUGUGACUUGUCAUACCUGCCGCUCACCGGAUACAAUUUUACAGAAGGACACGCGUCUCUACUUCUUGCAGUGUGAAACCUGUCACUCACGUUGCUCUGUAGCCAGCAUCAAGACUGGAUUCCAGGCUGUCACUGGAAAAAGAGCCCAGCUUCGAGCCAAAGCCAACUAAUACAAGCACUCUAUUCUGGCCUCUUUCUCAGACUGAUGCUCUGCUGACAACUGUUCUCACUGCUCUACUCUAAGCGCAAUAGAAUGACCCAAGGCUUGGACCUCAGGAGUGGUCUGUAGAAGGUUUUGAGUGUAAUUUUAUUAAUAAAUCUGACACUGAAGCUAGAGUGCUUUAGGGAACAGGCUGCCUCUGAUUUGCUCAUCUUACUUAACCUCCUUCCUCUGGAAAUAUUAUGGGUUUUUUUCCCCCCCUGUAUUCAGCAUAUCUGAUAACCCAGAGCAUAUUUCUGUAUAUAUAUAUAUAUAGUGAAUAUUGCCCUCAGAGCAGUAUUUUUUCAAAGAAAAAUACAAGGAUAUUAUUCGAUGGAAACCAGAAAUAGGCAUAUGUCAUCUUCUUUGCAGAGAACCAUAGCCUUUUAUAUUGAACUUUGUUUUAUCAAAGGAAAACUGAUUCUGCAAAUCUCAACGUAUGUUUUAUGGGACAGUCAUUGCACAAGAAUGCAGGAAUGUUCAGAAUAGAUCCAAGCUAAUUUUUUGUGAUCCAGGAAUUCAGCAAAGGGUAACUUCGAAUCUUCUAUGAACUCUAGAAAAAGAGGACUCUGUUCCUAUUUAAUUACACAGACAAAUGCAUAUUGUGCUGUUUUCUUUAGUAGACAGUAAAUGUGUGGGCAUGUUUUGUAGGGCUUAGAUAGAAAUAAAGGAUAGUUUGCAUUUGCA